AUGGCAAAUUGCCCGCGUGCUACACUCUGGUUGUACGGUCGACAUCUUCCAGAGAGCCGAGAAAGUGGGUCUAGAAGCUGGCAGCACAAGCAAUACGGCAUGUCUGCCGUGCCGCGACGCAAGAUUGGCAGUCGUGCCUGCGAUGGCUGCAAGAUCCGCAAAGUGAGAUGUACCGAAGAGCCACCCUGCGCGCGAUGCUCAUCCAUCGGGAUCGCGUGUACGUUCAACAAACGCCAAGCAACCAGGGGGCCUCGGAGCCUGAGGGCAAAGACCCUCCAGCAAAUACGGGACUCCCAGAGCCUUGCGGAGGGCCAGAGUCCAUGUGGGCAGGGCAGCGAUGGUGGCCGCCUGGCGGAUGAUGUGCCAACAAGAGGGUUCUCAUCCGUGGGUCACACCUUGCCCAACCGAGACCCGCCUCUCGUUAGUGGUCCAGGUGGCGAGUCCAGCGGCGUCCUAAGAACUCCUGUGUCGUCCUUGAUCAUCCGGCUAUGCAUCUACCGUCUUCGUCUCUUCCCAGUGUGGCCCAUACUUGAUGCUGAAGCCGUCAUAGCCUCACUGCUCAGGGAUUCCUCAGAUCUUGGAACUUACACACUGGCAAAUGCUGUGUGCGCAGCUGUCAUAGUGCAACUCAAGCUGCCUUUCGAAGGGAGGACAGACGAUAACGAUCCCGCGACAGCUGCCUCCAUGACUGCCGAAUGCCAAAGGACAAAGUUACUGCUUCAGGACGCCAAUGGGGAUGACGGCCCUGAUGCAGGGUUGAACAUGGUUCGGAUAGCCUUCUUCCAACACAUUUACCACGAGAACCAGAGCCCAGGGGGUACCAAGAGCCUGAUGUUCCUCCGUGAGGCCAUCACAAUCGCACAGAUUAUGGGCCUUCACAGGAAGGCAUCCUAUGUCUUGCUAGCCGCAGAUGAGCAGCAGAUGAGACGCCGUAUACUGUGGCUGCUUUUCGUCACGGAGAGAGGUGUAGCCAUGCUGCACAAGCUGCCUAUUGUUUUGAAAUGGCAGGCCAGCUUCCCACCGCUCGUGGACAAGGUUAACGUCGAGGUCGACGACGCGCACAUCCUACCGGCUUUCAAGAAGCUCGUCGAUCUGUUCUGGUUGUUCGACCAGAGUGGGGCCUUCGACCUGCUCACGCAGGCCGAUGAUGACGCCGAGGGGUUUCAGGAAGGCCGGCUAGACUAUCUCCAGCACCGCCUGCAAGAGAUCUCAUCAGACGAUAAUGAGAGCAACGAUGUGCAGAGGGCCGACAUAUGCGUUACGAAGUGCUGGAUGCAAGCGGUGGUCUGGCGAGCGUCGUUACGGCGGUCCAAGGCCGCCAUGUUCUCCAAGGGGCAGAGCCAGCUGUCACAGCCGUACCGCAUCGUGGCCGAGUUCCUAUCACACAUCUGCCACUGUUCCAAGACGGCACUUGAGGCCCACGGCCCGACCAUAGAGCUCAAGAUAUUUGAGAUUGCCAGCGCGCUCACCGAUUACAUCUACACACUGACGACGGGCGCGGACAUGGCACGGCAUCUCAGCAACACGGGCGUGCGGCCUGUGGAGAUGCUCAUCAAGCUGCAGAGGCUGCUUGCCUCGUCGCGCGGUGGCAACAAGACUCUUUUAACCCUGUUAUGUGCCAGAAUAGCCGAGGUGGAGAGCGCCGGUCCGUGCGAUCUGGCUUGGAACCACCCACAGACAGGGACAUGCGAGGCUGACGACGACAACAUGGGCGACGGGUGUGGUGAGACAGGCCUGCAGGCCCCGAGGAGGUUGUCCAGCUCGGCUUACCCGACUGUUGACGCUGUGGCAAGGCUACAUGAUGCUCCGUGCAUGCAACUGCCAAUGUGGACCGACUUCCGGCAGGAGGCAAGCCAGCGUAUGCUCGACGUGGCUGCUUCCGAGGAGGCGAUGGCUGCCAUGCUGAUGACACAGCCAGCCAGUGAGUCGUGGGACGAAUGGGUCGCAGGGUUCUCCGCUGGCACGAGUCACGGUGUGCUGUAG